CAGUGUACAAGUGACUUGAUAAAUGAUUAAGUGAAAACAUGGAAAGAGAAGAUCAAAUUACAUCUCUACGGUCUUCCUUGAUUGAAACCCCAGAGCAAGAUGAAGUCAAAGUUGACAAUGGUACAGAGAAAAACAAGAAAAGGGUAGCAGAAAGAAGAGAAAUUUUUGAAGAAGUUAAGAGGCAGUUACGAUUGGCAGGGCCCUUGAUGUCCGUGGGUCUGCUAAUUUUUUGCAUACAGAUUAUAUCUUUAAUGUUUGUGGGUCACCUUGGUGAGUUGCCUCUCUCUGGUGCUUCAAUGGCCACUUCUUUUUCUACUGUCACUGGUUUUAGCUUAUUGCUGGGAUUGGCAAGUGCCUUGGAUACCUUAUGUGGCCAGUCAUAUGGAGCAAAGCAGCACCGUAUGUUAGGUAUACACAUGCAGAGGGCCAUGCUUGUUCUUAUGAUUGUAAGCAUACCCCUUGCUGUUAUUUGGGCAAACACAAGAUCCAUUCUAAUUUUCCUUUGCCAAGAUCCUGAAAUAUCUGCAGAAGCUGGAAAAUAUGCUCAGCUAAUGGUUCCAAGCAUUUUUGCCUAUGGUCUUCUUCAGUGCCUAAAUAGGUUCUUGCAAACCCAAAAUAUUGUAUUUCCAAUGGUGUUCAGCUCUGCAGUUACUACUUUACUACAUCUUCUUGUGUGUUGGAUUAUGGUGUUCAAAUCUGGACUAGGAAGUAGAGGAGCAGCCAUAGCAAAUUCUAUAUCUUAUUGGGUGAAUGUUUUGCUAUUGACACUCUAUGUCAAGUUUUCUCCUUGGUGUGCAAAAACUUGGAUAGGCUUUUCAAAAGAGGCACUGCAUAACAUUCCCUCGUUUCUAAGGCUUGCCAUUCCUUCAGCUGUUAUGGUUUGCUUGGAAACGUGGUCAUUUGAAAUGAUGGUUCUCCUAUCUGGUCUUCUACCAAAUCCAAAGUUAGAAACAUCUGUGCUUUCCAUCUGCUUGAAUACAGCAACUACUGUUUGGAUGAUCUCAUUUGGUUUCAGUGGAGCUGUAAGCACUCGUGUAUCAAAUGAACUUGGAGCUGGUCAUCCUUGGGCUGCACGUUUAGCGGUGUUUAUUGUCUUAGUAAUGGCCGUCAUUGAAGGUACCCUAGUUGGAACCAUGAUGGUGCUAAUUCGCAACAUUUGGGGUUACGCGUAUAGUAAUGAAGUUGAAGUGGUUGAAUAUGUAGCAAUCAUGAUGCCAAUUCUUGCAAUAUUAUACUUUGUGGAUGCACUCCAAUGUGUACUUCAAGGCAUAGCUAGAGGAUGCGGAUGGCAGAAAAUUGGGGCUUUUAUCAAUUUAGGCUCUUAUUAUCUAGUUGGGAUUCCAUCAGCUGUUGUGUUUGCUUUUGCUUUGCAUAUUGGAGGAAAGGGGCUCUGGUUGGGGAUCAUAUGUGCACUUGUUGUUCAAGUAUUAUCUCUACUGAUCAUUACCUUACGUACUGAUUGGGAGGAUGAGGCAAAGAAGGCUUCAGACACGGUCAAUGAUUCAAUAACGCCAGAGAACAUAUUCUCGUGAAGCUAUAAUAUCUUAACACAUGCAGAACAAUUAUUUGGAUGAAAGAGGAACUAGUUUUGUUAGCGUUCUUUCUUUUGGUAGAAUUAAUUGGUAAUUGAAAUUCAGUUAUCAAUAGAACGAUACUCUACUCGUUUUUACUGGUUAAACCAAUUGAUCCACUUGCAAUUUUGUCAGUAAGCACUCAACUUUUGUAUCUAAAGGAUACCAAUAUCUUUAGUAGGAAAUUGGAUGCACUAAACUUGUACGAUUAAUGUGUCUGUGAUUCUCG